AUGGCCACAACCUACGAACCGGCGGACCCAAUCGCAAAGGGCACUUUCGCCACUGCUAAGCAGUCCUUAUCAGACCUCUUCAAAUGGAAGCAAAGAGUCGUCGUCACCAACGAAGAUGGAGAAGAACACACCGUAUGGGAAUCGCCAGAACCGCUGAAAGAUCCAUUCAGUCUACUGGCUCAGCUACAUGCAAAGGAUUGGCUGUACUUCAUUGUCGGGUUCAGCGCAUGGACCGCCGAUGCUUUCGACUUCCACGCUCUUUCCAUCCAGACCACUAAGCUCGCCAAGUACUAUCACCGAACGAAUACGGAUAUCACGACUGCCAUUACCCUCACUCUGCUUCUACGGUCUGUCGGCGCGGCCGUCUUUGGCCUCGCCGGAGACAAGUUCGGACGGAAAUGGCCGAUGGUUGCGAACAUGAUCGUGCUAGGCCUGUUGCAGGUGGCUACUAUCUACUGCGGAACCUUUCGGCAGUUUCUGGCGGUAAGAAGCUUGUUUGGUCUGUUCAUGGGCGGUGUGUACGGAAAUGCUAUCGCCAUGGCGCUGGAAAACUGCCCUGUCAACGCAAGAGGCCUCAUGAGUGGUAUCCUGCAACAAGGCUAUUCCUGCGGUUAUGUACUUGCGGCUUGCGCCAACCUCGGCGUUGGCGGCUCCGUCAACAGUUGGAAAACCGUCUUCUGGGUUGGCGCUGGUCUGUCCAUUGGCGUUGGCCUUGUCCGCAUCCUAUUCCCUGAAUCCAAGCAGUUCAUUGAGGCAAAGAGGCUGGGGAAGACGAAGAAGUCACAUGGCGUCUUCUUCCGCGAGACGAAGAAGAUGCUGAUUCAGGAGUGGCGAAUGUGCGUCUACUGUGUUAUCCUGAUGACUUGGUUCAACUACUACUCCCACACCAGCCAAGACAGCUACACCACCUUCAUGCUCACCCAGAAGCACAUGACCAAUGCCCCCGCCACACGAGCCUCCAUCCUCAUGAAAACUGGCGCCUGCGUUGGCGGCACAAUCAUCGGGUACAUCUCGCAGUGGUUCGGGCGGCGCCGCACCAUCAUCGUCGCGGCACUGAUAUCCGGUUUCAUGAUCCCAGCAUGGAUCUUGCCCGAGGGAGAACGCAGUCUCUCCGCUACCGGAUUCUUUAUGCAGUUCUUCGUGCAGGGUGCUUGGGGUGUCAUACCGAUCCACCUCAACGAACUCUCCCCGCCCGCCUUCCGCUCCUCCUUCCCCGGCAUAACCUACCAACUCGGCAACAUGAUUUCCUCCCCCUCGGCGCAAAUCGUCAACGCCAUUGCCGAGUCUCACCUCAUACGCACCAGCAAGGGGAAACUCGCCUCGGCAUAUGGACCCACGAUGGGCAUUGCUACGGCGAUUAUUGCCUUGGGCAUUGUGGUUACGACGGCGUUGGGGCCCGAGAAGAGGGGUAGGAAGUUUGAGACCGUGGGGCCGCCGGUGGCGGUGGAUGGGAGUGAUGUGGAGAAGGGGAGCUUGGGGGAUGGGGAGAGUUAUAAGGAGAAGGACGGUGGUGUGCGGGCUGUGGAGGAUGUUGGGGAAGAAAAGGGGCAGAGGAAGGUGGAGGUUUAG